GCGUUGAGUUAAACGCCUAUUGUAUUGACGACUCGCGUCUAACCAUCACUUCAUUUACAUCUCAUUAUCAUUAUCUGAAGACAUGGAAGAAGUGGACAAAAUAGUGAUCCAACAGUUGUGCGAAAUUGGAUGUGAAAUCGACGACGAGAUAACGGGUAUCAAAGACCUCGAAGUCCAUCAGAUCAUAUCAUGUGUCUGCCAUUGCAUUCAUCUGAUUGAUCCAAACAAUAGCAAUGAAUUAGGUGUCAAACAGAUCAACGAGUCGAUGAAUAUGUCCAUCAAAUACAAAAUGGCCACUCAUUUGGCAAACGUCUGCAAACGCGAGUUGGGCUAUAAGGCGGACAUCGGGUACCAGACAUUCCUCUACGGCAAUGAAUCCGAUAUAAGAAAACUGUUUUUGUUUUUAUUGGAAAAACUUCCCAAAGAGGACGAAGAGAACAGAAUCUCAUCGCUGAGAACCACUGGACUCACCACAAGUGAUAUCCGAAGUCGUCUCAAGAAGGCACAGAUCAGUACCAUUUGGUUGCCAUACAUGACAGACGAGGCUUCGAGUGAUUCGGGAAGCGAUGGCAAUGUGUGGGCCAUCGACACGACGAUCACAAAAUCAGUUAAUUUUAAACCAAUUUUAGUCAACAAAGUGGCGCCAAAUCGACGCAAAUAUUAUGACAAAUGUCUUAAACUGCCAAAUAGUGUGCCAUCAAUAAUGGAGUGGAACUGCUUAUACUUGGACAGUGAGGCCAAUGAUAAUCAACUGUUUGUAAAGUCUAAAAAGGUUUCCAUUGAGUCGUGUCUUAACCAAAACUUCCGUCCCGUUGGAGAUCUACCGCACGAAUCAGUCAAUGCUUUGCGAUCAGAGAAUACAGAAUCACUGGUCGAUAAGAAUGAGAUCCAGACCUCCGAUGAACUGAAUAAAGAAGAGAAAUACAAAGUAAUUAUAGAGGGAUUAGAAAAUGAGUUAAAAAGUCUGGAAAAAGAGGUAUUAAAGUAUAAAAAGUUUGAAAACAAAGCCAAUGAAUGUGAGAAUGAGUUGAAAGAAGAGACCAAACGAUUGCGUGAAUUGGAAACCAAUGAUAAGUCGAGUAAGGAAUUGGUUUCGCAGAUGAAUGAUGUGAAACAAGACAUCGAGUUAUUAUCACAGGAAUGGCUGAAGAUUGAAGGCUUACUGUCGAAUCAAUUGAAACAAUUGAUGGUUGAAUCAAACGCUAAGAACGAAAGACAUUCAGCCCUUCAGAGAAAGCUCAAGGAUUUGAAGAAAUCGAUUAAUUCGAAAGCGAAAGAAAUCAAAGUUAAAGAGAAUUUAGUGAAAGAGUUGACCGAAAAGAUGCCGCAACAGUGGCCGCCCUCCCGGAGCUCUUACACCAAACGAAUACUUGAAAUCGUGGCCAACGUUAAGAAGCAGAACGAAGAGACGAAGAAAGUGUUAUUAGAGACGAGAUCUCUGCAGAAGGAGAUCAACCACUUGUCGGGAAAGUUGUCGCGAACUUUCACUGUCGCCGACGAAGAGAUAUUCAAAGACGCCAAACAAAACGAAUGGAACCGAAAGUGUUAUAAACUGUUGGCUUCAAUGCAUGAACACUGCGACCAACUGCUCGAGUCUGUGUCAGCCAUCGGUCUUAUACUCCGGGAAAUCAGACAAUUGGAGGAAUCGGUGGAGACCGAGAGAUCGCGAAAGACUGCCUCCAAUUUGAGUCGAAUUUUGGCGGAUUUACAGCAAAUAAAACUAGAGAACAAACAAUUGGCCAAACAGUUGGACCCCUCCUAGAUAUGAGACACCCGUUCCCUAUUGUUAUACAAUAAAACAUGAAACUUAAUAUAAAGUAUUAAAUAAAUGUUUAUUUUUAUUAAUUAAUAUAAUAUUACAGUUAUAUCUGAAAUGCGAG